AUGACGAAGGAUGGCUUGCACCCCCCGAAAGGUCGACCUCGAAACACAGCGCCGUCGCACACGUGGAAUCCCAUCUCAGGACAAUACAGCACCCAAUCCAACGAAGCUUCAUCGGCUGAUCUCUCCAUGGAGGAGUCGCCGUCAAAUAGUCAGUUACCGAUUCUACAUGCAACGGAAUUCGAAGAGCUCUUCAACGACAUCUACAACGGCGGCCACUCGGCCAAUUCUCCGUACAGCCUCUUCAUCCUCGACAUUGUGCUUGCCAUUGGCAAACGGCUGACGAACUCUCGUGGUCUGUUCAAGUCUACCUUUCGGACAAGCAAUGCCCAAAAACGUCCUCCUAGCACUGGCGACGGCGGGGAAAAUUACUACACGGCUGCCACGUCCCACCUGGAGAGGCUGCUCAGUUCCCUCAACUCCAGGAGGGACUACCUCGCAUGCCUGUCUGAGCUCCAGGUUGUGCUUCUGAUAUCGACUCUUGCCCUGAUGAUGCCGGUAGCUUCGGGUCUUUGGUAUACCGUCGGUGUUGCCGUUCGGCUUUCGGUCGAUCUGGGACUGCAUCGUGACGGGGAAUGUUUCUCAGAACGCCAAAGCGAAUCAACCCCCGCGGUCGACCUCUGCCCUGCUGAAUGGUCCCCUAUACGGACGAAAGAUUUGAAGAGAAGACUUUGGUGGUGUGUAUACUCGCUGGAUCGGAUUCUAUGCACGUGCACAGAAAGGCCGUUUGGGAUAGCAGACGAGGUAAUCAGUACCAGGUUCCCGUCUCUCUGCGAAGAAUCGGCCAUUACGACCAUGGGCAUCACAGCGGACGCUUCCGGCCGGAGAGCAGGCUCGAAGUUGAUUGCACAACACUUCUUCCGAUACCGGCGUCUACAAGUGGUGCAGAACCGGGAAGCACGAGAUAUGUGGGGUCUAGGAGAUCCUCAUGGCAGUCCCUCAGACGCCAUGCCGCCAUUGUUGUCAUUCUUACAUAGCGCGACCUCCUACAAGGAAUGGCGAACCAACAAGGCCCAGAGUCUUCUGAAAUGGUGCGAGUCCGCUCCUACGCAACAAGAGACUGGGGUCGCAUUUGAUGUACUUUUUUGCCUCAAUUAUUGGCAAGCUUUGAUGAUGCUCUACCGCCAGCGUGUGGACCUGCCGGGAACCUUCCAAAAAAGAUUUGCCACCACGCAAGCGAUCAUCUGUCGAGGUCCUAUGCACGAUGAUCAGAAAAGCGGAUAUGAAGAUGAGCACCUGAUAUUGGCAGAGGCAGGACAACAUGUGAUAAGACUGUACCGGCAACUGCAACAGCGUGGUCUUUUAUGCUACCCUUAUCUUGCCACCAACCACUCUGCUGCACUCAUUUUGGCAUUCCGCGAGCGUCCAGUAGAAGAUAGGUGGCGACGAGAUCGAUCUUCUUACUCUAACGGCCUGCUCGGUCCUGGAGGCUCUAACGGAACUUUGCUCACCGGCAAAGCGCUGCUUAGAAGUCCUUGA